AGCAUAUUUUCCUGCGAACAAUUAUUUUCCCGUCAAUCAAUUAAAUUCUUACCCCUUGGAAGCUAAGGUGCUAUGAAAAUAGACUUUUUACCAAACGGUGCGUUAUUGAUGCAGCGUAUCUUUUGAAGAUUCUGAAGAAGCUCGUGAUAUAUUAACUUAUUAGUUGCGUUUUUUAUGGCCUAUAUGCACUUUGACAGGACGUUACGUUCUUUGACACAUCGAUGCUGAUGCUUCCAUUUUGGAAAUAGUGCAUAAGUUAGGCACGUGGUCGGUGCCCUGUCGCAAUGAAAAUCAAAUGACAAAUUUUAAAAGCAAUCGAGGAUGACUGAGGCAAGAAGCAAGCGGAGCAAAUGAAGCGAGAAUCCAACUGAAUCCAGCAAGAGCCGGACAACUGACGUCGAUGAAAAGGAGAAAGAUAGCGCCAUUUAUUCAGACAGAAAGCUGAAUAAAUCGUGCUUCAUUGCAAGAGGUGCUGAUGAUGUCCGGUUUGACUUGAUAAGUCGUUUUAUGCGACCAAGUCUCCAGCCAUGCCAGUGGUUUACGUGCCGACGAAUCUGCCACGCGAUACGGCGCUGCUGUCGCGUGAUAAAUGGAACUCCAUCCGCGGCCACCUGACCAGGCAGCAGGAGGAGGAAGCACGACGGCAGAAAUUGCGGGAGGCCGCACAGCAUCGACAGACUGUCUCCAAACAGAUGAAAGAUGACUGGCCCAACACAUUGGCGAAACUCCACGCGAAAAGACUUCAAGACAGAGAGGAUCGUUUACGAAAGAAAGAGGAAGAUCAGCUCGCCAUUGACGCGGAGGAAGCAAAGAUACAGGCCGUCUUGAGAAAGCAGAAGCUGGACGCCGCCCGGGAGAUGCUGUUCCACAAUGAGGAACGAGUCCGCAACCUAGACGGUGCGCUGCUGCUCUCUGAGGUUUUGAAGGAACGCGACGAGCAGGUGGCGCUGAAAGCCGAGAUGAAGAAGCGGGAGGACGAGCGGGAGCGUCAGUGGCAGAAGCACCUUCACUUCGACUGGGCGCGGCAGGCAGAGAUCGAAGCGCAGCAGCAGAGGGAUCGCCGCGCCGCCAUGCAGCGCUCCAACGCCAAGGAGAUUGAGGUCGCAUUUGCGGUUAAGGAAGAAGCCAAGAAGAAGGAGUUGGAAUAUGCCGAACAGGUCCGGGAAGCCACUCGGCAGUACGAACACGAACUGCAACUUGAAAAGGAGGAAGAGUACGAGAAAAGACAGCAGAUGAAAAAAGAAGCGAACGAAUACGCACGAACCCAACGAGCAUUUGAGCUCCUCAAGCAGAAGAGGGAAGAGGAAGAAAAUGCCGAAACUCGCAUAUACAGUUUGGGGAAACUGGAAAUGGCUCGACAAAUCAAGCAGACACGGGACGAGAUAUUGGACCGCAGUAGACGGCGCAGUGAAGUCGCCUGCGCCCUCCUGGAGCGUCAGCUGAUGGCGAAACAGUCGGACGAGGACGCGCGCAUCGCCGCCGCGGUGGCCGAAAAGCGCGCCAAGGACGACGCUCUGGAGGCGGAGAAGGCGGCCGCACGCGCCGACAUGGUAGAGACGAUUCGGCAGCACCGGUCUGCCGAGCUGCGGCGCCACCGCGAGCAGCAGGAGGAGGCCGACCGGCAGAGACACCAGGAGCGCCGCCUGCAGGACGAGCGCACGGCCGCAAUGGCCUCCGAGCUGCGCGACCGUCACCGGGACCUGAUCGACCAGCGCGCGCGCAACCGGCGCGACUGGCGCGAGCAGGUGGACGAGACGGAGGCCAAGCGGCUGGUGGAGAAAGAAGAGGAGUACGCCGAGGUGAGGGCGCUGAAAUGCACCCAGCGGAAGGAGCAGAAGCAGUUUGACGAGUAUGUGAGGUCGGAGCUGGAGAGGCUGGAGAAGGGCGGCCGGAACACGUUCCCGCUGCGGGUGGCGGCGCGUGCCUCGGCUCCCGGCUUUCUGCGCCACUCGACCGACUGGUCCUCGGAGGGAAUCCGACCCUACUGAGCGGCUCCGGUAGUGGGACGGGUCCUGGGCCGCCGCAGGCUCCCGCUGUCUCGUCAGAGCUACCAGUCGGCACUCAGUGGGUGUUGUUGGUUCUCCGAGGAAAAAUACUACAGUAAUGAAAUGUAACGUUUAUUCAUUCGUCUAAUGCUAACUUUAAAAUAGUUUGGAGAUAAGCGCUGGUUGUUUACCGUGUCCUUGAUCUCAACCUAAGUUUGAUGCUCCUACAUCUAAUUCAUGCUGUCAGUUUUGGUUGUUUGCCAACAGGCAGGUAAUAAAAAUCGAUGCAUU